AGGUUUAUAAAGGUUAUGCGCCUUCAUUGCCGAUUACUUCUGCACAGCGUAGCGAUGGCAGGUAACACAGGUGCUCCUCUAGUGCUCCGUCUGGUGGCCGCGUCAGUCUCGGUAGCGGAAAAGGCAGGGGCGAUCGUCAGGAACGUGUUCAACAGCGGAGAGCUGGGGGUGGUAGAAAAGGAUGGAAAGAAUGACCUGCAGACUCAGGCUGACCGGUCAGCUCAGGAGUGCAUCGUCCAGUCAUUGUCCAGACAGUUUCCAAAAGUCACCAUCAUAGGGGAGGAGGAACCAACAGGAGAGACAGUUGACGAGUCACACCUGGAGACUAGGUUGUCAGAGGAGGUGUUGAAAGUAGUUUGUCCUCAGAACCUUCAGUCUGUGAAGGAUGAAGAUGUGGUUGUAUGGGUUGACCCUCUGGAUGGAACUAAGGAAUACACAGAAGGUUUCCUGGACCAUGUCACAGUGUUGAUAGGUGUGGCUGUGAAUGGGAAGGCAGUUGCAGGAGUGAUCAACCAGCCUUAUUACAACUACAAGGCUGGCCCAGGGGCAACUCUUGGGCGGACCAUGUGGGGAAUUGUUGGACUUGGAGCAUUCGGUGUGGAACGCCUGGUUCCCCCAGCUGAUAAACGAAUUGUUACCACUACCAGAUCCCACUCCAAUAAGCUGGUGACAGAAUCCAUUGAGGCCAUGCAGCCUGAUGAAGUCCUCAGGGUGGGGGGAGCUGGGCACAAGGUGCUGCUGGUUAUUGAAGGGAAGGCUCAUGCAUACGUGUUUGCCACACCUGGCUGUAAGAAGUGGGACACCUGCGCACCUGAAGCCAUCCUUCACGCCCUGGGCGGCAGGCUGACCGACAUCCACGGGAACGCCCUGCAGUACCACCGGGAUGUGAAGCACCCCAACACGGGAGGCGUCCUGGCCACGUACAGCGACCAUGACUGGUACCUGAGCAGGAUGCCGGAGUCUGUCAAGGCAGCUGUGAAACCCUGACUAGACCCUCACUCUCGCUUGUAACAAUUCCUGUGUCUGACUUAAGUUGCAAUAAAGACUGCAAUAAAGUGGAACAUUUCAGUGGUUUCUAUGCAAUGUUGUGGAAUGUAAGAAAGGUUUUGGAUAGUGAGGACUAAAGAUAAGAAAUACUUUUGGGGAAGGAAGGAAGUCAUCAUCAUGAGGCAGUGUACUGGCCAUAAUGGGCACAAGCAACAGAAUGUUUUAAUCAUGUCCAAAAUUGAUUUUGUACUGGUACAAGCAAAAUAGAAGUGCUACAAGAAACUACAGUUCAAGAGUGUAAGAGAAUGUACAGAAAUGUUGACUAAUUAGACAAUUUUGUUCUCAUAUUAUAAAUGGUUCUCUAUAAGAUUUUAUCAAAGAUCAAAGACGCUUGUUUGUAUCAUUCCGUUGAAGUUUGUAAAUGAUAAUACCGGUAAUAAAAUUACGAUAACAG